AUGGCCACUACCUACAAUGCCAUAGAAGACUACGGGCUCAUCGGGGACAUGCACACCUGUGCCCUUGUGAGCAAACAGGGCAGCAUGGAUUACAUGUGCUGGCCUGUCUUUGACUCUCCGAGCGUCUUCUGCCGCCUGCUAGACACCCAGAAAGGGGGCUACUUCAGCGUUUGCCCGCCUACAUCUACCCCCAAUAUCCUCAAUAAGCAGCGGUACCUGCCGUACUCCAAUAUGCUCGAGACCCGAUGGACCAACGAGGAUGGCGUGGUGACCAUGCUCGACUACUUCCCCGUGGCCCCCAAGAAGAGCGCCCAGUCGGCCAGGAUCCUGUCCGGGUAUUGUCCCUGCAACGAGCCCGGGGUCAACCGGUUCAAGUCCGGGCUGCGGCACUCCGGCGUGGUCAGGAAGCUGGACUGCAGCCGGGGCAAUAUGGACUUGCAAGUGGAGAUCUUCCCCGCGUUCAACUACGCCCGGGACGCCCACACCACCCGGUCCAAGCUCAACGACAAUCUGAGCAAGCAUCAACUCCAGACCGUUCACUUUGAGAGUGACACGGAGAAACUCCAACUGGAGAUCUUCGCCCAUUCCAAGCAGGUCGAGAGGGUGGGAUAUCCCCAGGUGAAGUUCAGCAUCGAGGACAAGCCAGGCAUGCAGGGCCGCGGCCUGGUCGCUUGGAUCAAACUGUCCCAGGGCCAGAGCAUGACCUUUGUCAUCCACAGCCCCGAGAAGAUCCUGCCCAGCGACGCCAUGAUGGAAGCCUACCUCGACAAACUGGAGGAGGAGACGUUCGACUACUGGACCGGGUGGACCCGCCAGUGCACCUUCCGCGCCCACGGGGCCAUCGUGGCGGCGCCCACCUUUUCCUUGCCGGAGAACGUGGGCGGCGGCCGCAACUGGGACUACCGGUACUCCUGGGUCCGGGACACGGCGUUCACGCUCUACGUCUUCCUCAAGAUGGGCUACAGCGAGGAGGCGGAGGCGUACGUGAACUUCAUCUUCGACCGGAUCUUCCCGCACGCGCAGCAGGAGGCCGGGCCGGGCUCGAAGCGGCCCUUCCUGCCGCUCAUGUUCACCAUCCGCGGCGAGUACGAGAUCCCCGAGGUGGAGCUGAGCCAUCUGGAAGGGUACAAGUGCAGCAAGCCCGUGCGCAUCGGCAACGCGGCCGUCUUCCACACGCAGCUGGACAUCUACGGCGAGCUGCUGGACAGCAUCUACCUGUACGACAAGCACGGCAACCCGAUCACCUACGACCAGUGGCUCGCCAUCCGGCGCAUGGUCAACUACGUGAUCGAGGUGCGCCACGAAAAGGACAUGUCCAUCUGGGAGUCCCGCGGCCAGAUCCAGAACUUCCUCUACUCCAAGAUCAUGCUCUGGGUGGCCCUGGACCGCGGCGUGCGCCUCUGCGAGAAGCGCUCCAGCCUGCCCUGCCCGGACCGCCUCAAAUGGAUCCAGAUCCGCGACGAGCUCUACGACGAGAUCAUGGAGCGCGGCUACAACUUUGACCGCGGCCACUUCACCCAGAGCUACGAGAGCCGCGACGUCCUCGACGCCGCCGUCAUGAUCGCCCCGCUCGUCUUCUUCUGCCCGCCCAACGACCCGCGCUUCGUCAGCACGCUGGAGAAAAUCCUCCAGAACCCCAAUGAGCAGGGCCUCUCCAGCGCAAAGAUGGUCUUUCGCUACGACCACGAGAAAGCUCGCGACGGCGUCGGCGGCCGCGAAGGCGCCUUCAUCAUGGUGACAUUCUGGCUCGUCGAAGCCAUGGCCCGCGCCGCAAAAUACAACGUCCCCAUCCCGAACCUCUGGAAACUCGCCCUCGCGCACUUUGACAAUAUCCUCUCCUACUCGAACCACCUGGGCAUGUUCUCCGAGGAGGUCGCCAUCUCCGGCGAGCAGAUGGGGAAUACCCCGCAGGCGUUUAGCCAUCUGGCCUGUAUCAGUGCGGCGCUCAAUCUUGAGAAGAUCGGUCGUGAUCAGGAUGAGCAAAAUUCUGCUUAG